AGCCACUCACUCGAGACCGAAACCGAAACCCCGUGGUCGCCUUUCAUUUCAGCCAACAAAACUCAUGGCUGCCAUGCAUUUUGUCAUCCUCGCCCUUCUGAUGUCCGCCAGCAGUGCCAUGUUCAAGCGGGACAUGCGGCAGGUCAUGGAAGAGGAGUUCCCGGAUCUGAAGAGUCUGGGAGAUACCGUGUCCAAUGCGGCCAAGGAAGCUCAACAGGUCGUGAAGACCGGCACAGAUGCCGUUCAGGGCGCAAAGGACCUGGCGCUGGACACCUUCGAGCAAGCCGUGGCACAGGUGAACAAGUCCCUGGAGGUGGUUGGUGGAGAUAUCCAGCGCAUGAACAUCACCGCGGAGAGCUCCAUCCAGGGCAUGGAUAAGGAGGUGAGCGAAUCGAAAGACAAGGCCAAGGCCUUCGCCUCCAGUGGUCUUACCAUGCUCAACGCGCUGAACGAGCAGGUCGACAAGGUGCUCGCAGAGUUGAAGGCAGUGCCCAAAAUGGCGGAGGACGUGUUGACCGGCCUCAAUCAGAAGAAGGCAGCCUUGAGCUUGGACAAGGCGAUGGAGUCUGCCCUCGAUCUGGCAUCCAACUGGCAGAAGUCCCUGCAGGAGAUGACGCAGCAGCUGAAAGCCGUGCUGGGCAACUUUGCGCAGGGCAACCCCGCUAACGCAACCAACGGCACCAACGGCACCAACGCCACGAUGAUCGCCUUGCAGAUCGAUCCUCAGAAGGAGCUCGCGGAUCUCUCUGAUGCCUUGCAGAGGCCCCUUGCAGACCUGAGCGACGCCGCAGACAAUCUCAAGUCCGUGGCUUCUAAGACUCAAGACGCCCUGGGCAACUUCGUGGAUGCCGGCGUGGAGGCGGCGCAAGAGCACUUGCCGAAAGACCUCGUCGCCAAUGUGACCACGAUGUUCAAGGGCGUCCAGGCAAAGGCGGUGGAGCAGUUGUCGCCCCUGGCAGAUGUCGGCGCUGAGGUAGUGAAUGGCCUGUACUCCACAGCUGCCAAAGCCGGCCUCGACUUGAAGAAAUCCUCGGCCCUGCGCGCUUCGGUGGCUGCGCUGUUGCCGCUGGCGCUCUUUUGGCUCAGCUGAGCUGAGAGCUUUGGAACGACGGCACGGACUCGCGGGGGGCGGUCCUCGUUUUUCGCAAGGUACCCCCUUGUUUUGUUGGUG